AUGCCUUGGCAAACAACCUUCACUCUCUCAUCGCCUGGCAAGGGCUGCCAUCUCGUCACCAAUGAGGUGUCAAAGCACAUCGCCGAAGGCCUCAAGGGCACGAAGGUGGGCAUCUUGCACCUCUUCAUUCAGCACACGUCAGCCGGUCUUUCCAUCAACGAGAACUUCGACCGCGACGUCCGCACGGACAUGACCAUGGCGUUUGACAAGAUCGUUCCUGACUCGUGGCCGUGGGUCCACACCGAUGAGGGACCAGACGACUCGUCUUCCCACACCAAAGCCACUUUGUGUGGCAGCUCCGUCUCGGUGCCCAUCACGGACGGCAGGCUCAACCUGGGGACAUGGCAGGGAAUCUACUUGUGCGAGUUCAGGAAGGCGAAGCACUCUAGGAGGAUUGUGGCUACUGUCACGCCGUAA